AUGACAACCAUCGUCGGAGCCGCGAUGAUCGCAUCAAUAAUCAUACCAACCACCACAGCUGAUGCGACUACCGACUCACCUGGCGCCAUCAUUCUCGGUGGACUCGGUGCUCUGGUGCCCAAGCCAGCCGCCAGCACCACAACGAGCUACCUCACACCUGGCAUGGCCAACAUCACCAGCAUCGGCGUCUUUGUCAACACGUCAGCUCUCAUAUCUUUUACUGCAAACGGCACACUCAAGAACCCCCUCAGCGAUACUCCUCUACCACUGGGUAACGCUGGGUUCAGUAUUGCGGUCGAUGGUGAAAAUAUCGCCAACGUCACGGCAUACAACUUGACCUUGCCUGGAGGAACAGGUCCCGUCUUUCUGAACGCCACCAUCACCCUACCCGAGGGGCCUCCUAGUCCUGCCAUCCAAGCCUCGCUCAAUAACCUUGUUACCAACCUCUUGGGCAAAACUACCCCUAGUGGACCCCCACCAGCCCUCGUCAUAUCUGAUUUCAUCCUCUCUGGAGUCAACAUGGGGUUGGCACCCAUUAUUAUCCCUGUCCAGUCUGCGUCUUCUGCACCACCAGCGCUCGAUGCCAUACCGUCUCCACCAGUAAUUGGCCUCUGGGGUAUCUUGAACCCUGGUGUUGCCUUUGAGACACCUACCCUCAGGAAACUGGUCGUCAAGACUGUCUCUGGUGCCAAGUUGAUCCUCGGUGCAGACUUUGAAUGGAACAACCCGUUGAACAUUGCUCUUGAUAUCCCCUUUAUUACGGCUGACCUUGGAUUUAACGGCACUCGUGUAGCUACCAUUAGCAUGCAUGCUGUCCAACUGGCCCCUGGCCGCAUGGCUGCUGAUACUCAGAUUGACCUCACCUUCAAUAGCGAUGUUGAAGCCUCCGUCCAGCUAUCAGCUUUCGUCCGCGACUUUCUUGGUGGCCAGUUGAGCCAGACUGUGAACGUUGGAAACCUGUCCUUCGGUAACUCCAGUGACCCCUCUGUUACCGGCACGGUCCUCAACACCCUCUUCAGCGGAGUCACCGUCGAUAUCCCACUGUUGGACUACAACACCAUCGUACUUCAGCAGUUGGUCUUAGGAUUGGUUGAGCCUCUCCUCCCCUUCCCCAUCGAUCUCAGCAAACUCGGUGGCUCCGGUACAUCUCUGUCGCAGUAUAUCCAGAGCCUUGCCAUCUCUACCGCUCCUGGACACACUCUCUUGCUGCAACCCAAGAUCGAGCUCCCCUUUCCUUUCUUGCUGGAUUUGAACAUCCCCUACUUGGCUUUGGAUGUCGACCUCAACGACAACUUGCUUGGUCAAUUGUUCCUGACCAACCUUGUCGGCUCUGGGCAGGGCAAGAUCGCAGUCUCGGCCGGUAUCGGCCUUGUCUUCAGAGAGCCCAACCCCUCAGUGCCCGCUACUGUUGCACAGCUAUUGGAUGGAAUCUCUACUGGCGCUCCCAAUGAUAUCACUGUUGGUGUUGGCAACUUGGCAAUUGGUGUCUCUCCUUCAGAUGCCAUCAACACACUGAGUGACUUAUCUGCGUCUGGUCCUAUCUCAAGUAUCAUCACCGGUUCGCUCAGUGGCGGUAGCUCGCUCCAGACCAACAUCACCGUUGUCCAGAACACAAUCAGCAUCAAAGUCGGAUCACUGUUUGAGCUGGCGAUCCAUGGUGCCAGCAUCAACGUCCUACCCAGCAACAUGAUCACAGCUGCAGUCAACCUCGAGGUUUUCUUGGGACUCCCUGUUGUUGCCAACAUUGGUUACUUUGGCAUCCAGGUUCAGUUGGAUGGCGCCCAGUUGGCAGGACUGGAAAUGAACACAGGUCUCAACUAUGCUGGUGGCCGUGUUCAGAUGGAUGCUGGUAUUACUCUCAAUGUCGGCACUGGUCCCACUAUCAGCACCAAGGUCGCUACCCUUGUCAACGCCAUUAUUGCCAAGCAGGCUGUCACCAGCAGCAUUGGUAUCUCUGGUAUUGUCAUUGGUGACAGUUCGAAUGACAUUAUUGAUGCUCUCUCUGGCGUCUCUGCCCAGCUGCCCCUCGGUGGUCUAUUUGGCAGUGGUACCUCCUCUGGCGGGCUCUUCAAUGGCACACUCGCAAAGCUCGGAUUCAACGUUGCCGACUUUUCCUUGUCCACCAUUCCCAACGCCGGUCUCCGCGUAGGUGCCAGAGCCACCUUCUCCAACCCUAUCCCAAUCGCUGUCUCUGUCCCCUACAUCGGAAUCAGCGGUGGUCUUGACCAUGUCGAUCUUGCAACCCUUAGCCUUAACGAUCUAGCCUUUAUCCCCGGCGCCAACUCUCUCCAGGCCGGAAUCGAUCUCAACUUCAACAACGCUAUUGCAGCUCAGGCCAAGAUCACUGCCUUCCUUGCCGAGCUCCUUGGUGGUCAGCUCGGAGCCACCCCUGAGCAGUUGACACUCCACAACCUGCGCAUCGGUGCUUCGCCCUCGGACUAUUUUGAUCUUUUGUCUCAGAUCGAUAUUGCCUAUCCCUCCAAGGAUCUCUUCACCAGUGCCAACCUUAACACCUUCUCUGCCAUGCUGGGUGUUGAUCUCUCCAAGGAGACCGGCAGUCUUUUCAAUAACCUGAAGGUUGGCGCCAUCUCCCUCGGCCUCGACAAGGCCCCCGUCAUGGAUCUCUCUACCUCGAUCGCGCUCGGCAACUUUUCCCUCAACGCUGCAGUCAACAUUGGAUAUUUUGGAUUAGACCUUGCACUUGACAGUCACGCCCUCGGACAUGUUGAUAUUCCAUCGAUCAACAUCUCGACCUCCAACAACCAGCUCAUCCUUGCGUUCGAAGCCGCCAUCACUGUCGAGGAUACCCCUGCAGUGCAGACAGAUAUCGCCAACAUCGUCAACUUUCUUUCUUCCAACACUACUGCUACCUCUCCUGUCAGCAGCCUUGUGGUGUCCAAGCCUGUGUUCGGUGUCUCGGCUUCGGACAACAUUCAGACAUUUGCCUUGAUCCAAUAUCCCUUUGCGCUGAAUGAGUUGCUCACCAAGGCUCGAGUAAGCAUCGCUCAGUUGUUCUCUGGUGCCGGUGGACUCAACACAAACAAUAUGGCCCUGUCUGGACUCGUCCUCGAUUUGAACAGCCCUUCGGUUGCCGGUGUGCAGGGUGGUCUCCAAAUCAAGGGCUUCUCGCUCCCUGUCGACCUCAGCGUCAGCUACAUUGGUGCCUCCCUCGGACUGGAUACCAUUGCCUUGGGAGACAUCACCAUCCCAGUUUUGACCUUGACAUCGGCCAACAACCAGCUCUCGAUCGAUUUCAAGGCAAACCUCAAUCUCCAGCAAGGCGAAGAAGCCAGUUCGCAGGUGGCCAAGUUGUUCGGUGCAUUGCUAUACCCCGGCAAGGUCAUCCCGCCUACCAACCUCGCCAUCUACAACCCUGUCUUUGGCGGCGACCCCCAGCACCUCUUCCAUAUCCUGUCCCAGGUUAAGUUCAACAUUGCCGUCGCCCCUUACAUGCAGAAGCUUGGAGCGAUCAUUGGUGGAAGUGGUGGAGGAUUUUCGAAUGCAUUUGAUCUUUCAGCUCUAAAGGUCAACCUCAACAAACCACAGACCAUCGGCAUCGAUACCACUGUCGCCAUCAAGAACGUUACCAUUCCUGCCGAGAUCAACUUGAACUAUGUCGGUCUCAACCUCGCCCUUAACACCGUCGGUCUGGCUCAAGUCGCUGUCCCGCAGUUCACACUCAAGCCUGUCAAUGGUGCUCUUUCCAUCUCUGCGCAUCUUGACAUUGAGAUGUCGACCAGCAAGGAAUUCAACUCGGUCAUCAACAGUUUAAUUAGUGCGGCCGUCAGCAACAAAACCAUCCCCGUCACCAACCUCGUCCUCUCUGGUCUUGUCUUCGGUGGCUCUCAGACCAACGUCUUUACUAUCCUCGAGGGGCUCACCAUUCCUAUCGACGUGUCGACAUAUAUUGCCAAGCUGGGCGGUAUCUCCGGCGGCGCCGGGUCCUUGUUGAACGGUCUUGGUCUCUCGGGUCUUGCUAUCGAUUUGAAUCAGGCUCCCAACAUCGGCAUCGAUGCUACCAUUGCGCUUCAGAACUUGGCCCUCCCUGCUGAGCUGACUGUUGGAUAUAUCGGACUGAGCGUGUCUGCCGACAAUGUGCCCUUGGCUAAUGUCGGCAUCCCCAAGAUCCAGCUCGGAACUAGCGGUACCAGCUUGACCAUUGCCACCCACCUCGACAUUGCCUUAGAGGAGAGCGAUAAUGCUCAGACUCUGGCUGCUGGUCUUGUCAAUGCUGUUGUCGCUGGCCAGGUUCCUCAGGGUUCUGUCGUCUUCUCUGGUCUCACCUUUGGACCCAACGAGGGUAAUGUUUACACCUUCCUCCAGGGCAUCCAAAUCCCCAUCCCGGUCUCCAGUAUCAUCUCCGUCGUCGCUCCUACUACCGGUGGUGGAUCUGGCGCUGGCACCUCGUUCAUGGACAAGUUGAGCCUCCAGAGCGCCGAUAUCAAUAUGAAGAGCCCACCCAGCAUCGGUGCCGAUAUUGCCAUCGCCAUCCUCGGAUACCAGUUUGACGCCAAGCUGUUACUCAAUUAUGUCAGUCUACGCGCCUUCUUGGAUACCACCCCAUUGGCAACCGUCUCUGUCCCCGGUAUUGCCCUCUCCUCUGGCAACAACCAGAUCGCCCUCAAGGCCAGCUCUUUGCUCAACCUUUCCAGUGGUAGUGACAUCCAGGCCAAGAUUGCGGCGAUUGCUGCUGAGGCGAUGGGUACCGGCGGCGGAGCGCAGAAUGUCAACCUGGUUCUGUCGAAUAUUGCUUUUGGGGGUAGUGCUGGCAAGGUGUUCCAUAUCCUGGAUAAGGUCAAGGUCUCGGUCCCGAUUGGCCCUUACAUCCAGCAACUGGCGGCAUGGGUCGGUGGUAUUUCCUCUGGUGGUGGCAACUCGACACUAAGUAUCAGCCAGUUGGAUAUCACAGCCCCCGGUGCCAAUGAGCUUUCUGUCGCUGUCGGUGCUGCGAUCGGUGGUAUUGGAUCCAAGAUCUCGGUCGAGAUGCCCUACAUCGGCCUCCAGGUCUCGGCCAACGGUAAUGGGUUUGUCUACCCUACCAUCAACGACUUGCAAUUGGCCAACGGCAAGGUUUCUCUGACCUUAGCCCUCCCCUUCCAGCCCGCCGCCAAGAACAUUAUCUCCUCGCUCUCGACUCCCGUCUCCCAGCUCCUGUUCUCGACUGUCAGCAACGCCCCUGGUUCACUCGUCAUCAACAGCGUCAAUUUCGGUGCCUCUGCCGGUCAGUCUUUUGACCUCGCCUCCAAGAUCGGUUUGACGAUUAGCGUCAACUCUGUCUUCCAAUACCUGCAGUCGAUCACGGGAAAGUCUGGGUCACUCCAAUUGAGCGACGUCAACGCCCUCCUCACCGCGACAGGUGCGCAGGCAUCACUUGCCAUCUCAGGCGCUUCUCUGAGCGGUCUUCCCCUGAAGCUCAACGUCCCUAUCAGCCUUGCGGCCUACUACAAGAACGACACUUUUGCGACUGCAGACAUCACAUCAAUGGAUCUGAACCACUCCCCUUGGUCCAUUGGCACCACUAUCCAAGCCACCGAACCUGCAACUCAACCUGCGGUGAGCUCCAUAAUCACCAACGGCCUGCAGGGCAAGAACACCCUCCAAGAUAUCACCCUCCGAGGCAUCAGCCUGGGCGCAUGCCAAGUUUUUACGGGCUUGACAAUCUACCUCCCCGCAAUCGUCUUGGACUCGAGCUCGUCCGUGUCCGCCACAGACGUCAAAACCCACCUCUCCCCCCUGAGUGCAGACUUCUCCGUCACAUAUCCCAACAAGGGCCCCUUCCGCGUUGACAUGGGUCCCAUCGACAUCCUCAUCAAACAGGGACCCAAUACUGACGUCAUGGAAAUCUACAACAACAAUCCCACCCCUUCUUCUCCCAUCCAUAUCAACAACUUGAGCCAGAAUGGAGGGAACAACCAGAUCCCGAUGGUGGCCGUGAUGAAAUUCAGCUUCUUGGAAGUUUUUGGGGUCAUAGCUGGAUUGAUGAAUCCAGGGGAUCGGUUCCAGUUUGAGUUCUCGGUCAAGACAAGUAGUGGAAGUGGAGAGGAGGUUGGAUGGUUGAGGGAUGGUUUGAAUGGAGUUUCGGAUGUGGUUUGGGGGAGCUUUUUGCCGGGGAUUGCCAAGAACCUUGUUUUCUGA